AUGAGUAUUCAACAUAAUGUUAUUGGCCCAUUAUCAGCUCAAGGUGUAUCUAAUCCAUAUGGAGCAUUAAAAAAUUUUGAAAUUAUUAAAAAACUUGGUUCUGGACAUUUUUCUGUUGUUUUUUCUGCUCGAAAUCGUUUCAAUAAUGCUUAUGUUGCUUUGAAAAAAGUUGAAUUGAGUCAAAUGGCUGAUGCUAAAGCUAUUGAUGAUUGUAAACGUGAAAUAAGUUUACUUCAACAACUUAAUCAUCCAAAUGUAAUUAAAUACAUAUCUCAUUUUGUCGAAGAAAAUGAUUUAUAUAUUGUUUUGGAAUUAGCUAGUGCAGGUGAUUUAGCUCAAAUGAUAAAACAUUUUAUUAAAACAAAUAAAAGAAUGACUGAAAAAACAAUAUGGAAAUUUUUUCGACAAAUUUGUAGUGGUCUUGAACAUAUGCAUUCAAAAAGAAUUAUGCAUCGAGAUAUUAAACCGGCAAAUAUUUUUGUAAGUGCUGAAGGUAUUGUUCGAUUAGGUGAUCUUGGAUUAGGACGUUUUUUUGGUUCAAAAACAACUUCAGCUCAUUCUAUGGUUGGUACACCAUAUUAUAUGUCUCCAGAACGUAUUCACGAACAUGAUCUUGGCUAUGAUUUUCGAUCUGAUAUCUGGUCACUUGGUUCACUUCGUUCUCCAUUUUGGGGUGAAAAUUUGAAUCUCGUAUUAUUACGUAAAAAAAUUUUAACACUUGAUUAUGCACCAUUACCAGCAAAUAUAUUUUCACAUGAACUUCGUCAUCUUGUUGCAAGAUGUCUUGUAUUAGAUCCUGAACAACGGCCAGAUAUAACUGAAGUUAAUCAUAUAGCUCAAGUAAUGUACGCAAGAUUUGUUGAACAAGCAAAUGCAGCUAAUGUUACUCCAACACCAACGCCAACAUCACGUGAUGAUUCAGCUUGUGGAAGUGUUACACCUGUUAAUAAUCGAUAA